CAGUCAUGGGCGGAGCAGCCGGUAUUGAGGGUGGGAGGGUGAAGCACCAGGGCCAGACCCUGGGUUGUGGUCCCAGAGAGCCCGAACAGCGCCUGUUGUCUUGUGUUUUGGACCAGGACAUCCUACUUACCCCAGGGCCAAGAGUGCAAAUCCAGGUUCCCCAUCUGACUGUGCAGUCCCGCCACCCCACUAUCCAGGUGCUGUCCAAGCCAGAUUUCCUAUGCAGAGUCAACCAAUAUAUAAUCAUCCACCAAGUAGACCCACAGAGGUAUGGUGGAUGCCAGCACCAUCACCUCCAUUGUACUCCCCACCUGGACUGGAAUAUUUAAGCCAGAUAGAUCAGAUACUGAUUCACCAGAAAACUGAACUUCUGGAAGCUUUAAUAGGCUUUGAAACUUGUAACAAAUUUGAAAUUAAAAACAGCCUUGGGCAGAGGAUAUACCUCGCAGUGGAAGAUUCUGAUUGCUGCACCCGAAAUUGCUUUGGACGAGCUAAGCCUUUCACCUUGAGGGUUCUUGACAAUGUGAACAAAGAAGUCAUAACUAUAGAGAGGCCACUGAGAUGUGACAGCUGUUGUUCCCCCUGUUGCCUUCAGGAGAUUAAAAUCCAAGCUCCUCCUGGUGUUUCAAUAGGUUACAUUACUCAGACAUGGCACCUCUGUCUGCCAAAGUAUACUGUUCAAAACGAGAGGAGAGAGAAUGUACUAAAAAUUACUGGUCCAUGUGUUCAAUGCCAGUGCUGUACAGAUAUUGAUUUUAAGAUUAAAUCUCUUGAUGAGCAGUCUACAGUUGGCAAGAUUUCCAAGCACUGGACUGGAUUUCUUAGAGAAACCUUUACAGAUGCUGACAACUUUAGGAUCCAGUUCCCUUUGGACCUUGAUGUGAAAAUGAAAGCUGUGAUGCUUGGUGCAUGUUUUCUCAUUGACUUCAUGUUUUUUGAAGAUAAUGUUUGGAAAUAACAAAAACCAAGAGCAUGGUAGUGGAAUGAUGAAAGAAAAUAUCUUCACAAAAACUAAAGUCUAUAAUUGAGUCUAUGUAAAAGAAAACUUAAUAGUUGUCUUCUUUCUGUAAAUCACACAUAU